UGUCCCUGGGCUGCGGGACCGGUGCCGCCCUGGAGCGGGUGGCCGGGCCCCGCCCCGCGGUGUGGGAGUAAGGGGCUGCGCCCCCUCCGUCCCCUGACAGUUCCUGAAGGGCGGCGGCAAGGAGAGCCGGCGGCUCCUCCGCUGCGGGGGCUGCGGCCUGCCUGCCCGCACCUGCCGCUGUAGCGCAUAGGCUGUGACUCCCGCGCGGACCCCGCCGGCUGACUCAUCCCAGCUUUUUUGCUCCUUGCCGUUUCUGCCCAGAUAUUUAUAUCUCAUUCAUCGCCGUAGUAACUGAGUAGCUUACGCUGCACUCUCGCAGGCUGCUCGUCCGCUCCGGCUCUGCGUUUGUCUGGUGCUGUUGAAACUUAGGUCUUCCUCAGUUACCCAGAGAAAACCCUACGUGCCCCAUAAGAGCACUGCCGCAUCGCAAGCCAACCCGAUGGCGUCCUCUACUGCUGUGCCUGUAGGAUUUCACUAUGAAACAAAAUACGUAGUUCUCAGCUACUUGGGACUUUUAUCACAAGAGAAGCCGCAGGAGCAUCCUCCUCCUUCAACUCAAGGGACUCAACAACAGCUUACAGCACAACAUGCUUUGGAGAAAGAGGCUUUGGAGAAGAUUAAAAUAGAAAUAGAAGAGGAGCUAAAACAUCUUGAUGAAGAAAUCUUGGAAGCAUUUACCACUACGGGAUUUGACUGCCACACUUCCCCAGUGUUCAGUCCUGCCAAUCCAGAGAGCUCAAUAGAAGACUGCCUGGCUCAUUUGGGGGAGAAAGUGUCCCAGGAAUUGAAAGAACAUCUGCACAAAGCACUGCAGAGUUUGCUUAGCAAGCCGGUGACAUAUCAAGAAUAUCGAGAGCGCACACAAGAGACAGCUGCUCAUGCCAGUGGGUGGAACAAGGUCUUGGUACCCCUGGUUCUGCUACAGCAAUUUCUGAUGGAAUUAACCAGACGAGGCCAGGAACCACUGAGCGCGCUUGUGAACUUUGGGGUGACAUAUCUAGAAGACUAUUCUGCAGACUAUAUCAUUCAACAAGGAGGAUGGGGGACAGUCUUUACUUUGGAAUCUGAAGAGGAAGAAUACCCUGGGCUCAUCGCGGAGGACAGUAAUGACAUCUACAUCCUGACCAGUGACAACUCGGGACAGGUGAGCCCCCCGGAGUCCCCCACGGUGACCACGUCGUGGCAGUCGGAGAGCCUGCCCGUCUCCCUGUCAGCGAGUCAGAGCUGGCACACAGAGAGCCUGCCAGUCUCCCUGGGACCUGAGUCCUGGCAGCAAGUGGCCAUGGAUCCUGAAGAAGUCAAAAGCCUGGACAGCAACGGAGGGGGUGAAGAGAGGAGUGAGAACAACUCUUCCAACUCAGAUAUUGUUCAUGUGGAGAAGGAAGAGAUCCAGGAGGGGAUUGAGGAAGCAGUGGUGUCAGCCGUUGCUGCAGAGACCAUACAGGCAGCAUUUCCAGAAACCCCUGCUUCUUUACAGGAAGCAAAACCUCAAGCUGAAAUUGCUGCUGUUGAAAAAGCACAUCCCUCCAUGCUUCUGCGUACAAAACAGGAAGAAAAGGGAAAAGUGGCCGAAGAGCUUGUUGAACCUGAAAUCCCCGUAUUAAGUAAACCUGUCCCAAAGUUAGCCCCAUCAGAAGAAAAGGCUGCACCAGAACCUGAGAAAAUACUGCUUCCAGGGGAAAAAAAAGUGGGGAAAGAGGGCCGCUUGGAAGAAAUAGAAGAGAAAUCCUCCGCUGCAGAGGAGAAGCCUAUCUUAUUGCCGGAAGGGAAAUCUAUAUUGCUGUACGGUGGGGCUGCUGCAGUAGCUAUAUUAGCUGUAGCAGUCGGAGUAGCGCUGGCGCUUAGAAAAAAGUAACAAACAGAGCUCUCUUGAGGAGGAGGGGGGAGAGAGAAGAGAGCACGAUCCAAUUUUUUAGUUGUGUUACCUAAAGGUUGAGCUGCCUGCUGUUUAAUUGGACGUUUGAGUAACUUAAUGGUGAUGGGGUGAGGUCGUUCAAUAAGCCUCCAGCUAUGGACAAUCAUGUUUUUAGUAGAAUUGGGGCGGGGACUGGUUUUUCGUGAUUAAAGUACAGGGGUAUUUUUAAAAAAAAAAAAAUUACAAUAAAUUCUGCAAAUUUAAGAACUUAAGUGCAGGUGCUGAAGAAAGGGGUGCUCGUACUCUAGGACUGGAACAGAGAAUCCCUAGGGGAAGGGGAGCGCCAGCUGCUGCCAGCCCCUGGAGUUUUUGGCUUCUCCAACUGACCGCUAUUGCAGCUGUGCCGUCUUGUCACUUCCCGUCGCCCCCCCCCCCCCCCGCCCCCCCCGAGCUCCCCCUAACAAACAUUAGCCAACCCACGUCCCAUAGCGAGAGGCUGGUCUCCCUUUUGUCUCGGCUUCCUCUCAGGUACAGCACUGCUCCUCGUAACCUCGCAGGUUCCUCCUAAGCCCCAGUGGGAGAGUGCUUAUUCUUACCUCUUUGCUCACACUGGUUUUGGCCCCUGACAUUUACCGGAGCCCUAUCCUGUAAAGAUGCUGCCUCUCUAUAGCUGUAUUAUCUCUGAGCAUCCUGGCAUUCCUGGGGGAGAGGUGCAGCUUCCGCAGCCCAGGAGGGUGGGAGGGACAUGCUAUUUGCUGGUUUUUGAGAAUCCAUUUGCUCUGUUCCUGCCCAGCCCACUUUACUGCCACCCUCGUUACCAGAGAUGCAAAAUCCAUGCUGGACACAGUGCCAUUCUGAUCAGUACUCUGAUACCAGGGUAUAUUCAGCAAAGAUAUGGCAAAACUACAUGGAAGUGAGGCCGAUGCCUCCUGUGCGAUUCAAAGGUUAAAUGCUACGCUGUCCUGUAUCACGCUGCAGUUUGUAUCGUCUCUCCCAGAGUAUAUUUAGUCCUAACUUGGUCUUGGCUGUGACAGAAUCCCAGAUACAUAAGGCAAUGGAUUCUAGUAACUGAGCAAAACAGCAUUAAACAUCUCUAUCUGCCUGUUCCUGACCCAACCCAGCAUGUUGUUCAGUGCGAUUUCUUUUGCGACGCUGAAUCUGUAAUUAGCUAAACUUACAGAUUCACAAAUGAUGAGAAAGUUACCGCAGCAAAAAAGCAAAGCCCUCUUCCUGCAAUCGCAACAUUUCAAAUGUGUGUGAAGAGAACCCUUUUAAGUAUUACCAUAGGCAUUAUGGCAGAUCCUGGCGCAAGUGUUCCUCUUCCAGUGCGCUUUUCUGUGUCUGUCCUUGUCCGUGCGGCAGCUCUGUGGGCAAGACCUUAGGCUUUCCAGGCAGAACUACUGAUGCUUCUGUGAGGGUUUGUGCUGGCACUGUGGCUUAGGCCAGGUGGAGGUAGGUGAGAGGGGAUGAUGGAAAAAUUGAGACGUGAGCUUAUGGGAAGCUUACUCUUCAUAAAGCACAAACACAAGGUACUUUAUUUCUAAAUAACCUGAUCUAGAGUAUGUCUCCUAAUGAGCCUGUUCUUAAGCAAUAUGAGAAUGAAGAGGUUUUUUUUUUUUUUUUUUUCCUUUAGCACAUUCUCUAUUUUAGCAUAUUCUUGCUAUGUUAUCCUAGCCCACCCAUAGCCCAGGAUACUGGGAAGUCAGUAAGACCCUGGCAGAUUCUGAGGAAUUUUGUUUAAGCUUUUUCUGAGAGUGGAUUUUUUUUUUUUUUUUUUUUAAGAAACCACCUUGGAUUUUGAACUCUUUGUGUGUGAAGUUGAAUACUGAGAGGAAGGAUUGUUACAUAUGUACUGCUGCUGUGGACUGAACUCAGGAGCGCUGGCAUUCUGGACUUUACUUUUGAUCAUUGAUUGCUCUUUUUCUGUGUACAAAAGCUAGCAAGUUGGCCUUAACAGAAAACAAACAAACACACACCCACCCCCCAAAACCCAACAAACCACAGCACACCGUUACCAUGUUGCAAAAGGGAAUUGGGUUUUUUUUCCAUUUCCUGGUGCCCUGCCAGUACUCUCAUUGCUGUGCUGUGUGCCUGGAAUGGGUCACUGGGACCUCCUCCCACCAUGAACUCUCCAUUGUCUGCCUGCCCACCACCACGGGUCCCCUUGCGUGGAGGAGAGGUGUCUUGAUGAUUUUGUUGCGGACAUGCACAAAUGUUUACAGUUUUGCUUCAUUUCACAUGUUGCAACAGUGUUUAUUGACAAGUGACACAAUCUGUGCAGGUACCUGUGUGCCAAGGGCUGCAUUACUGCCCGGUAAGCAGGGCUGGUCUGCCCUUCUCCUGCUGCUCUGCUGAUGGGUUCCGUUUCUUCUCUGGGCACGUUCUCUGCAGAAGAAGGGCUGUUUGUUCUUAACCUAGCCUCCAGCCUCUCCUUACUUGAAGAUGUUGCACCUGUGUUUGGGACAUCCUCCACCUGUAGUCACACAGCAGGUUACACAGAAGUACCCACAUGCACUCUGAAGCAGAGGUGGAUUUUUUUUGGACACUCUGUAUAACUUGUGUACAAACCCUGGGGAGGACGAGGGGGGAGAUGUGUCAGUUGCCCUUUCAGCUCUUUACCAUACAUGGUUUUGGUAGUAGUGUGAGAGAUGGGUACAGAACAGAUGAGAAUAAAUCCUUGUUGGCAGAAGGAGCCCAGUGGGGCAUUAAAUAAAAAGUGUCUUGUUUCACAUGCAGCAGUGAGAAGAAGGUGGCAGCAGUAGUAAGGAAAACAAAUUACUUUGUUUUGUUAAGCAUUUCUGUGGUGGGGCAAAACCCUGGAGUACCUGUUGUGUUGCUACGUUUAAUGGAGCAUUGGCUGCACCAUGGGUUUUGGUUGCUUGUCCCUUUAUAUACUUCUCAUUUUAGGGUCUUACAGAUUUGACAAGUCAGCAAGAAUUUGUACCCUCUUCUUCGCACCACUGACCAUGCAUUUAGAAAAUGUAUUGUAUGUCUGUGCUCCAGGAACACUCCAUUAGCUAAACAGGUCAGUUAUGGACUUGAAUUCUGCUGAAUUUGGAGUCCUGUGGUCAGAGCUGGGACAGGCCCUGUGAAGUCACCAAAAGGCAGGUAAGCUCAGAUGACAGCCUUCUUACAGACUUGAGUGCCAGGCUGCUUGCUCUAUUAUAGGCAUGAAUUAGCAAAUGGAAGGGUUGUUCCCCCCCAAGUAAUCCUAAACUGCAGGGUCUAAUUACCCCAAACAGUGUGAGGCAACCUCUCCUUAGUGGAUCUCUUGCAGCUGGCAGAGGAAGGGCAGUAGCUAUAUGCUUAGGAACGGGCAUACAGAAUUACUCUCACUUGUGUUGCUUAUCCCCUUCCCAAAAGUGCCUCAAUAUCUGUCCUCGAGUGGCCUGUACCUUAACAAAAUAUCUACCUUAAACCCAUUCUUUCUUCACUUUAUCCUUGUCUGCAGCACACCCUGAAAGCUGAGAUGCUAAAACAGCAGAGGACUGGAUCUACAAUAAAGCGUUAAAUACUUAAGGGCCUACAGUGGACAGCAUGCUGAAUAACAAGCUGUCAAGGAAAAGGCUUUCACAAUGCUUUCACAGCUUAACUCUAACCUGUGCUCACUUGGGCAUUGUGGCUGGGACCUGGGCAAGGGCUUGCUCCAGCAAGCAUCCCUGGAACGACAGGCUGAGAGCAAGGACUGAAACCCAGAACCCUGCUGUUGCAUUAAAAGCCCAAACCACAGACAGACCUGUGUUGGCCCAUUGCAGCCACACACAGUGCAAAAGCCUGGGGCCUCCUGCCUCCCCAGGGCCUUCACCUCCAGAAGGUCCAGGCUGGAGUUGGCACAGCAGUGCCAAGCUGCCCAGCUAUGGCAAAGUCAGAAUACAGCUAGGCAGAGAGAGGUGGCUUGAAAACCAGCUUUUGGUUCUCGUCAGGCUAGGUAGAUGCUAAGUAGGGGUUCUCAGGGUGCUGCUGAAAAACAGUGAAAAUAACUUGGAUCUAAAAUACAAGAUCUGGCCCAAUGAAACAAGCCAGAGUACAAGGAAGCAACACUGUUGCAGCCUUCUGUCUGUUCAGAGGUGAGUCAGUCAAGCAGCUGCCUGCUCCAGGUACUUACCUGUCAGUGCAGGAGCUCGCAGCAUAGAGCCACAGGCUGCAGCAGCAGCACAUUCUCUGCUUAGUAUUGCACCAGUCUUGGGCACCAGUUUAACUUCCGGCAGUAAGUGAAGUGCCUGAUGUUGUGUUUGCAGUUGGUUGUUUCUUUCCUAACCUGCCUUCUAGAGAGCAAAUUACUACUACAAGAAUCCAUCCUUGCUGUUUGCAAGGGCUUGAUUUUCCAUCCUGGCUGGGGGCUGUGCUCAGGCAUCUGCAGCUCAAGGGACAGUUGAAAGCUGUAGCACUGAGUGUUCUUGCAUAGGGCAAGUUCUGAUGUCAGAACCCUGUUUCCUUCCUCUUUGGGUAGCUCUGACCACAGCUAGGCUAACACUUUGGGCUGCAUUUUUAAACUAAUCAAUGCUAAUAGUCACAAAUGAAAACUUUCAUUAGUACUAAACAAGCAAAGUUCUAAAGGUUGGUCUUUUUUCAUUUUAAUGAUUGUGGUAGCAACAUAAUCUGCAGUCAUAAGCCUUCCCUACAUUUAAUUUCACCUACAGUGGUAUGGCAGUACUAGCAAAACCAUAGUAAGGUAGCUGUUGUUAUUCUGGUUUAAAAAAAAAAAGUGCUUCUGGCAGCAUAGUCUCUCAUUCACUGAACCAGAGCAAGCUCAUGCUACAGAAUUUGAGAGUGUAAUUACUAGAUUCUUUUGCUGUGAAAUGGGGGGGGGGGGGGGGUGGGGUGGGUGGAAGGGUGAACACAGCCCCAGCUGCCAUGCCUAGGUAGAGCCCAGGUCUUCAGUAGAACAUCUCAUUCCAGGCAUAAAACAUGCUGAAUGUCAACUCAUCUGUAUGCGUCCACUCCAGUGGGUUACACAACAGGAGAGUGUUUCCCAGUGAAACAUGGAGAGGUGAGGCACAUUAUGUCCUGUACCUAUUGAAGGCAGCUGUGCAUGACCAAUUUGGCUUGGCCUGCUUAAUUUCAGCACAAGGAAGGUUACAAGAACAGUAUUGCUUUGACUCCAUUUAUGCAUCUGUGCUUCAAAGUGCAAGUGCUGUAUUGCCAUUAAAAAGGGGGGGGGGGGGGGUGUAAGAUUUAAGCCAGGACUACCUGAUUGUGGUAGAGCUAGCUCUCAGGUCCAUACAUAGCAGGGAGAGCAGGGCUAGCUCUAGGCAACAGUACUCGGUUGUGUGUGCUGAAGUGAACUCUCUUGUGUAGUGUACUUGGCUGGGGAAUGAGAACUGCACCAGCUUGGAAGGGAUCAGCUGUAGUGUUACCAAUACAUCCAAUGCUGCUCAGAUCCACCUCCUUAAGUUAAAUAACUUUAUCACUUUUUUUCCCCCCUACUUAGAGCUGACCCUCUCUCGGUCUCAUAGGUAGGCUGACUUGCUUCCUCCUAGCUAGAGGUCUAUGGUUAUGCUGUAGAAAUGGGGGAGCUUCAGUUAGCUUCCAGUGGAAGCUGCUUUUGAUCUCCCUGCAGUAUCUGCAGGGGAGGGAAGGAACACUAUUGAUUUGGACAGAACAAGCUGCAGAGGAUGCAUCUUACUGCUGUACCUUUAGGGGGUCUCUCCCCAUUUUUAACUCGCAUUAUAAGCUUUUAUUCAAGUGUAAAGCUAAAACCCACUCAGACCAAAAGAAUGCCACUUGGUUUGUUAAGUAGCAAAGACUAAUGGGACUGACUCUGAAGUAUGCACAUUAGGGGUAUCUUCUACUAGGCUUCCACGGGGUGUAAGCAGGUAGUGAUGGACUUGCAGGGAUUUCUGAUUCUGUUCCCAAGAGGCCUGCCUGGGGGAAGAGACCCUGACUGUUCCUCAAGUCACCCAUUAUCCAAGGAACUGAUCAUAUUGUUCCUUUUAAUAUGCAAGUGCAGCCUUCUUGGGGAAAACUGUCUAAAGCUUCUUGUGCCAUUUGGUUAAUAAAAGUGUUUCCACCUUUAAAAGAAAGUUCCUUCCAGCUUCAUUGUUCUACAUUCAGUUGAAGUGAAGGGGUAUGUACAAUUUUUCCCUCUGCUAAUGGGACACUGCUGUAAGACCAUGCCCCCAGGUUGCACUUUAAUAAAUGGUACAGUUUUCAAAAA